AUGAAACCCCGUUCCAUACAGCGACUUGCACCGAACGGGCGGGAUAUUAGAGAAUUACCUCGCGAAGAACUUGAAGUUCUUGUUUUAGAACUAGAUGAUGAACUUACAAAAAGAACACAACGAAUUACUUUAUUAAAACAAAAUCUUAAAGAAGCUUCAGCAAAAACAAAGAAAUCAGAAGAAAGAGCAAAGAAUGUUGUUCUCGAUUAUAUCAAUGAUCCACUUCCACUCCACUCAAAUUAUGGAUUUAAUUACGCAGGAAAAGAAGCCAUGGAAUUUAUUGCUUCAAAAGCACCAGAAGGUGUCGAAAGGAAGGACCCAAAUCCUAUUGCUGGAUCAUAUAAUGCUUAUAUUGGAGGAAAUAAAAGAAUUGUUUCACUCAAGCAAAAAAUUGGAGAAUUGCAACAACAAAUCAUCGAUACCCAAGAAGAAACACAACAUUUAAUCGAAAAAAGAAAUAAAUUAAAAGCAAUUUUAGAAAAUCUUCGUUAUAAAGAAAAUGAACCAUUCAAACAUAAAGGACCAAUACCAAAAUCUACAAAAACAAAGAGACAAGCCACAUUUGCCAAAUGUCGCAAGCUUCUUCAGCAGUUAAUUGCAAACGAAAAAGAUCCAUAUCGUAGAGAUUGCUAUAGAUGCUGCUACUAUUUACUUAAACCAGAUGAUAGAACCGCCUUAGAGUUAUUCUCACAAUUAUACGACCCAAAUCUCGAUCAGGACACUCUAAAAGAAUUACAAGAUAUAUUAAACGACAGGAAUGCACAUGUAGCCAUUUUGAAGGAACAAUACAAACAUUUGGAUGCCAGACAAGAAGCUCUUCGUAAUGCAUUCCUUUCUCUUAAAGAUAAAAUGCUGGAUCACGUUGUUGACAACGAUGACGACAUUCAAGCUCUCAAAGAUAGAAUAGCACAAUUAGAACAGAUGAUUGGCAAGAUUCCUGGCCUUCAAGAGGAGAUUGAGCGCCUCAAGAAGGAAAGAGACGCACUUUUGGACGAAAAAGACAAAUUAUUCAAAGAAGGAAGCGACGAAGCCUCCAAAUUGCAUGCAGACAUGAUGGCGAAGAAAGCGCAAUUAUCAGAAGACAGAGCAGGCUACGACCAAGAAAGAAUACAACUCGAAGAAGUCGAUCAAAGGUUGAGAGAACAAUAUGCAACAAUUGUCGAAGAAUUCAGAAGAUUGAAUGACGAGAAACAAAAGAUGGCUGAAGAAUACAGACUUAUACAAGCAAGACGUACAAAGAUGCAUGAUCAAUUGAACCAAUUAGCUAAAGCACACAUUGAUGAUCCAAGCGAACUCAGAGCUGUUUUCGACUUAUCUCAGAAGUUUGUUUUAGGAGACUUGAACUCGAAACAUGCAACAAUAAAGAACGACGCUUUGUCGAAGAAAGACAAAUACAGGAACUUGUAUGCAGAAUGCGUGAAAUUACAGAAGAUAUUAGCAAACAAAGAGAUGCAAGAAGCAGCUUACAGAGAUAGGCUGAAGAGAGCCGGAGCUCCUGUUCCUCAAAAACCAGUCGUUUCUGAAGAAAAAGUUCAGAAUAUUCAACAGAUAAUAAUGAAUGAAUCUUCAAUAGAAUCAGAAGAGCCGAAAGGCAAGAAAGGCUAUGAUAGUUCUGAGCCAGAUAAAGAUUCUGAUAUGUUCUAA